AUGAACGGCCAGACUGACCAACCUCCAGCAAAGCGCAAACGACUGAGCUAUGCUUGCAACUACUGCCGAGAGAAGAAGACCCGCUGCGACGAGGAACAACCGUGUCGCAAUUGCCGCGUCGCUGGCGUGGAGUGUGUGACAACAGACAAGCGACGGGAUGGUGCACUGGUUGAGCAUCGUAGACGAGAUACCUACGAGAAUAUCUCUGUCCCCGCUGCUCCCAAUGCCCAGACACCCAGACCCGGUGCGAUAAUGUACCCAGCACAACAAGCCUGCACGCCGCGGACACCACAAUCCCAUUCUCCAUCUGCUAUUCCUACAGCGGCACAAGAGAGGCCGCGGCUCUGGUCUCAAUGUUGGGGACCAGAAGGCUGGAAAACGGGACGACUCCCCAUGAUGCCGCGCUUUGUUGGAUCCAGUAUGUUGGAGUUGAUGACCGAGUGGCUCGAUAUGGCUUUCUAUCGGCUGAAAGGCCCCAAGGCACACGCAGUCUCUCCAGUUAUUAAUCCAGACUUUGCAUCCGCUAUUCUCGCCCAACCACCACAUCUUCCUCCCCCAGCUGAGCUGCAACUGUACAUCGAGAGCUACUGGAAUACCCUUCACCGAAUCUUCCCCUUCCUGGAUCGCACUGUUGUGGACUCGCUUUACGAGGAGAAUACCAGCCACACUGUUCAAAAUCCCGUCCCACAUAGUGCUGCCAACACACCAACACAGGCUCUAAAAUACCUCAUUGCGACUGCAGGUCUGCUUACAAUGCCAGCCGACGAGUCCUCCAGAUCGCUCAUCUCCUCAUACAUCAGCUACUGCAACUCGCUGCUUGGCUAUAUCGUCUCGACCCGCUGUUUACAAUCGGUGCAAGCUAUCUUGCUUUUUGCAAUGGUGUUACGCAGCUGUGACAAGACAACAUGGGCAUGGGACAUACUUUCAAUGGGAGUUUCGAUGGCGCAAUCCAUUGGCAUAAAUCAAAUCAGCUCGGCACAGAAAGACUCAUCAACUCCAGAUACACCAGAGUUUCGAAUUUGGUGGUGCAUGUAUGUCUUUGAACGACUAAUCUCCUUGGAAUGCGGACGGCCCUCCGUUAUCUGGGAUCGCCAACUAUCUGAAACCCUCGCGUCAGCAACUCAAGUCGAUCAGGAUAAUGACAAGGAGCUGCAAUUCCGCAAUGCACUGAUCAGCUUAGCAAAUAUGCUCCACGAAAUGCAGGAGCUCUCUGCAAGGGCUUGGAGAAGGGAGGAAUGGAUACCGCAGUCAGUAGAACAGGCGAUCGAAGACAAACUUCGCACAGGAGGAGAGUUGCAAAUUCUGCUUUCGGAGUGGCAAGACAGUGUGCCCUCUGCAUAUAGGCCAGGAUCCUCAUCCGCGUUGGACCCCAGCAGUGGACCACAGUCUGCAUUUCUCUCAUACUAUUACAAUCUUGGGGUUAUUCUCGUUAAUCGAUCUACUCUUCUUGUACCCAAAGAUGAGCUCCACUCAAUGGUCAACAAACACGCCGCUGGACAAGCAUGGCGCCGGCGUCUCCUCUCUGGGCCGACAUUGGUUAUCGAGGCUGCUCGACAAACCAUCAAGCUAUUUGUUGCGCUGAUUGACUCCGGAACACCAAACUACCUCACGACAAUUACUUCGCCUUUAGCCGCAGUUUAUGCCUUGGCUGUCCAUAUAUUCCAGGACCGCAAGUCCCUCCUGAUUCGGUCUGACUUUGAGUUGAUAAAAGUCGGCAUACAAAUUACGAACGAACAUUACCACAGACACGGGACUGUGGAAAACGUUUACGACAUACUUCUUGACUUGAAGGAAUACGCAUCUCGCUGUCUAGAGAUGCCAACAAGUCAAGUCGAUCUCUCUGAUAUACAAGACAAUAUCUCUCUAAUCGAUCUGCCGCUGGAGGAAACAAUACCUACAUUUGAAGCAGGGUCAAACUGGGGUCCCGCCGCGUUAGAUUGGGCAGGAUGGGAUUGGAAUGAUUUGAGUCACUUGUUCGCACAUAGUGAAUAA